AGUCGUGGUUCACAAAAAUUUUAACUUUUAACAUCAAUUUUUAAUAAUUUUUCCUAAAAAUGGUCAAAGUAAACAUUGAAAAAAUCAAGGAACUGCAGCAAAAGACCAAAAACAUCCGAAAUAUCUGCAUUUUAGCGCAUGUUGAUCAUGGAAAAACUACUUUGGCUGAUUCGCUUAUUGCCAGCAAUGAGAUUAUUUCCCAAAGAUUGGCGGGUCAAUUGCGUUACAUGGACUCCCGUACCGACGAGCAGGAACGUCAAAUCACGAUGAAAUGCAGUUCAAUAUCACUUUAUCACAAAUCCGUGGCAGUUAACGAGGAAUUUUUGAUAAAUCUCAUCGAUUCGCCGGGUCACGUUGACUUUUCGAGCGAAGUAUCGACCGCGAUUCGAUUGUGCGAUGGCGCUGUAAUUGUUGUGGAUGCUGUCGAAGGCGUUUGUGCCCAAACGAGGGUCUGUUUGCAGCAGGCGUACAACGAACACUUGAAACCGGUGCUUUUUAUCAACAAAAUUGACCGGCUCAUCAUGGAAAUGGACCUCAACACGACAGAUGCGUACAAAAGAAUCACCCAAAUUUUGGAACAAAUCAACGCGGUGCUCGGAAAUAUCUUUGCAAGUGAUGUUUUGUCGAAAGAAACGGAAGAUAGUCAUAUUUCAGCGUUGGAAGACUCUGACGAUUCAUCUCUUUACUUCGAUCCGUUGCUGGGAAACGUGAUUUUCGGUUCGGCUUUGGAUAAUUGGGGAUUCACGAUUGACACUUUUGCCGCGUUGUGCGCUCCAAAGCUCCAAAUGAGCGUAAAUGACGUCAAAAAUGGGUUAUGGGGCAACUUUUACUACAGCCAAGCAAAGAAAAAGAUCGAAAACGGCGCUUCCGAUAAGGGACGAAAGCCGAUGUUCGUUUCCAUGAUCCUCGAUCCGAUUUGGAAAAUUUAUUCGUUGGCCAUGGAAAAGCAAAAUACCGAAUUUGAGGCAUUUGGGAAGAAAUUGGGACUGAAUUUGACGAAACGUGACCUGAAUUUCGUCGAUCCGAGGGUUCCGAUUAAAGCACUUUUCUCCCAGUGGCUGUCUUUGCAUCAACAAUUGUUCGAGAUGAUCGUACAAAAGAUUCCGGCGCCAAAUGCGAUCACAACAGAGAAGUUGUACAAACUUUUAUCGACAAAUCCCGAUCAUAUCAAAAGUCUUCCAGAGGAAACGCAGAAUUUGACGAAGGAAUUAUCGAAAUGUGACCCGUUGGAAGCGACAAAAAUCGUUUUUGUCUCAAAAAUGUUCGCAGUUAACGUGAAAACAUCUCCAGAAUUGCAAAAAUUGCAAAAUGACCCGAACGACGAUGAAGUAUUUCUCGCAUUUGCUCGUGUCUACAGCGGAACGUUGCGCGUUAACGACAAAGUUUUCGUUUUAGGGCCCAAACACAGUCCAAAUAACGUGGAAAAUAGUCCUUACAUCACGGAAAUCACCGUAAAGCAUCUUUUUCAGCUCAUGGGACGCGAUCUCGAGGCAGUCACGGAAGUUCCUGCGGGAAAUAUCGUCGGAAUUGGCGGUUUGGAGUCCGUUAUCUUCAAAACAGCUACUCUCAGUACCACGCCGUACUGUCCGCCAUUCAUAGAUUUGCCAAAUAUUGCAACGCCCAUCCUCAGAGUCGCCGUUGAACCGAAAAAUCUUCAAGAUAUGCCGAAAUUGCUUGCAGGAUUGAAGUUGUUGAACCAAGCGGAUCCUUGUGUGCAAGUCCUGAUUCAAGAAACGGGCGAACAUUGCUUGUUAACGCUCGGAGAAGUGCAUUUGGAACGUUGUAUCAAGGAUUUGGAAGAAACUUUUGCCAAAAUUGAAGUUCAAACGUCGAAACCGAUCGUGCCUUUUAGAGAGACAAUCGUUAAAUUCGUCCCUGCUGAAGAUGCGGAAGAUGUUAAACUGAAAACGCGCGAAGAUUUUGUCGUCGAAAUGCAAACUGCCAAUAAAUUGUGCCAAAUUACCAUGAGAGCGGCACCUUUGCCAGCGGAAGUUACCAAAUUAUUAGAAGAUAAUGCGGAAAUUAUCUCAAAAUUGUUGGAUAACAGCUCAAAUUUACCUAAAAUCGAGGAAUUUAAGAAAAAUUUGAUCAUGGAAAUGGAAAAAAAUGACACUGACAUACCUUUUAAGUCCUUAGAUCAAAUUUGGAGCAUCGCAACGAAGAAAGUUCCCACGAAUAUUUUGCUCAAUUGCACGGAUUUCAAGAACGGAAGUCCUUUUCUCGCUGAUUUUGUGAAAAAUGACUCCGAUAUUCGCUCAAAAUAUGACAAUUCCUUCAUCAAUGGGUUCCAACUCGCCACACAAUGCGGUCCAAUUUGCGAAGAGCCCAUGCAAGGUGUCUGUUUCAUCAUCGAAAAGUGGGAAAUUCAAGACGUCGACACCGAAUCCACUGCCAAUUACGGUCCCUUUUCCGGUCAAAUCAUUUCCGUGGUGAAAGAAGCCUGCAAACGUGCCUUCCAACUGCAUCCACAGCGACUUGUGACGCCAAUGUACACAUGUACCAUCGUUGUCGACGUGAAUGUUCUCAAUAAAUUAUAUGCCGUCAUUGGGAAAAGAAACGGCGAAAUUGUUUCCGCUGACUUAAUUGAAGGCAGCGGGCAAUUUAGUGUGACAGCGAAUUUGCCUGUAAUCGAAUCUUUUAAUUUUGCCAAGCAAAUUAGGACAGAAACGUCGGGAUUGGCGAUGCCUCAACUGAUUUUCAGUCAUUGGAAGGUGCUGGAAAUGGAUCCGUAUUGGGUGCCCACGACAAAAGAGGAGAUUGAGCAAUACGGCGAUAAAGCAGAUUCGGUAAAUGUGGUGAGGGUUUACAUGGAUUCCGUGCGGGAACGGAAAGGGCUUUAUGUCGAGAAGAAAGUUGUGGAACACGCGGAAAAGCAAAGAACGCUUUCGAAGAAUAAAUAAAGUUUUUAUUUUAUUUUUUUUUUAACAAAAAAUAUAUGAAUUUCUUAAAAUUUUAUUCGAGAAAAGGCGCGAAAAAUAAUUUUGACAGAUGACAGGUGUCAAAAAUUUUG